AUGGGCAGUAAUCAGAGCACUAUAUUUGUAGAAGAAUCAAACAAUUUCAGAAACAAGCAAAUGACAAACUUUCACAAUAUACCAAAACAACAAACAGAAGAAAUAUACCACGUCAAAGACAUAGAAGAAGUACUACUUAUAAUACAACUACAGAAAUUUCUUAUACAGGCAAGACAACAAUUAAAAGACAAAAAAGAAGAAAAAAUAUAUCAGCCACCUCAGAUUCUAGUGAGCAUACAAAAGUCAGUCCCAGAUAUAGUGCCCACAUUUGAAAAACUAGAAGCCAAAUAUCUUAACACAUACCUUAAAGAAUGGAUUAAA